GGACGCGCAUGCGCGCCAAACGCAAACAGCAAGCACCAAAAGAAAAAAAAAUUGUUGUUUGGAAUUUGUGUUUUAUGUUAUUGUCAGCUAUUUAUUCUUCGAAAAAGUCAGUAUCGGGACAAAAUGGGCCCCAGACUCAAGCAUAUCGAAAUGGAAAAUUUCAAAUCGUACAAGGGACGCCGCAUUAUCGGACCCCUCAAGCCCUUUAACGCGGUAAUUGGACCGAAUGGAUCAGGAAAAUCCAAUUUUAUGGAUGCUAUCAGUUUUGUUAUGGGAGAAAGAACGCAAAGUUUGAGAGUAAAACGUUUGAGCGACUUAAUUCAUGGAGCAGCUAUUGGUAAACCUGUAUCUAGAAGUGCAUCUGUAACUGCAGUUUUUAGUUUAGGCGAUGGUUCAGAAGCUGAAAUAGCGUUUCAGCGAUCUGUACACAACUCUUCGUCUGAAUUUAAAGUUAACGGCUCGGUUGUCACUGGUCCUGAGUAUUUAGCUGAAUUAGAAAAAUUGAAAAUAAAUGUGAAGGCUAAAAAUUUCUUGGUAUUCCAAGGGGCUGUUGAAUCAAUUGCAAUGAAAAAUCCUAAAGAAAUGACAGGACUUUUAGAAGAAAUUAGUGGAUCAGGAGCAUUGAAAGAAGAAUACGAAAAACUAAAGCAACAGAUGCAGAAAGCUCAAGAAGAAAUUAAUUUUGCACUACAAAAGAAGAAAGGUAUAAAUGCUGAGCGCAAGGAAGCCAGAAUGGAGAAAGAGGAGGCUGAUAAAUAUUCAAGAUUUAAAGACGACUUAAAUGAGAAAUUAGUUGAACAUCAAUUAUUUAAAGCAUAUCACAAUGAACGGAACAUGAAAAUCCGUGAGCAAGAGCUAAAGUCCAAACAAAAAGAUUUAGAAAAGGUUGAGAAAAAAAAGGAAAAGUUGGAAGAUAUUUUAAAGGACAAGAAAAAAGAACUUGGUAAAUUGAACAGGGAAUUGGCGAAAAUUGAACAAGAUAUUCGCGAAGCCGAAGUAGAAAUUUCCAAAAAGAAACCUAUGUUUAUAAAGGCAAAGGAAAAAGUAACCCAUUUCCAGAAAAAAGUAGAUGGAGCCUAUAAAACUCUAGAUCAGGCAAAAAAGGCCCAUGAGGCUCAUACAAAAGAUAUACGAAAACUAGAAGAGGAAUUAGCAGAAGUUGAAAAAUCUAAAAGCGAGUAUGAAGAACAGAUAGCUGGCGAAUCUCAGAGUCAGGGCAGAGAUGUUCAUUUAGAAGAUGCCCAAAUCCGAGAAUACCACAGGCUUAAAGAAGAUGCAGCCAGACGUUCAGCAAGAUACAUGCAAGAACUCGAUUCUGUUAACAGAGAACAAAAAGCCGAUCAAGAUAGACUAGACAAUGUAUCUAGAUUAAGAACUGAUGCUGAAAACAAGCAUUCACAAAAAACUCAUGAAAAAGAAGAAAUGGUGAAGAGGAUUGAUAAAUUAGCUGAACAUAUUCGGACCAGCGAGCAAGCAUUGCAUGAUCAAAAGAAAUUACUAAAAGACCUUCAGCAAGAUGUAGGUUCCUCUAAGAAUAAAGUUAGUGAGGUGCAGAAGCAGCUAGACGAAGUUUUAGAACAAUUAGGGGACGCUAGAACUGAUAAACACGAAGACACUAGAAGAAAAAAGAAGCAGGAAAUCGUAGAUCGUUUCAAGGCAAAUUAUCCUGGAGUUUUCGACCGUAUGAUCAACAUGUGUCAGCCAAUUCACAAACGCUACAAUGUAGCCAUCACAAAAGUCUUGGGCAAAUAUAUGGAAGCCAUUGUAGUAGACAAUGAACACACUGGACGCCAGUGCAUCAAAUAUUUGAAAGAGCAAAUGCUGGAUCCUGAAACGUUUCUUCCUUUAACUUAUUUGCAAACAAAACCAGUCAAAGAUCGUUUACGUACCAUCACAGAUCCCAGAGGCGUAAAACUGAUAUAUGACGUUUUACAAUAUGAACCAGCAGAUAUUAAAAAUGCUGUCAUGUUUGCCACAAAUAACGCUCUUGUGUGUGAAUCGCCAGAGGAUGCUAGUAAAGUAGCCUAUGAGCUGGGAGGACGUUACGAUGCAGUUGCUCUCGAUGGUACUUACUAUCAAAAAUCGGGCAUUAUUUCUGGAGGUAGUGUGGAUUUGGCUCGUAAGGCUAAGCGAUGGGAUGAAAAACACAUGGCCCAACUUAAAGCGCAAAAAGAAAAACUUACAGAUGAACUGAGGGAGGCAAUGAAAAAAUCACGAAAGGAAUCCGAAAUGAAUACUGUUGAUUCGCAAAUUAAGGGUUUGGAUACUAGGCUAAGAUAUGCCAAAGGAGAUAUGGAUACAACCCAAACUCAAAUUAAAAAAGUUGAACGCGAAAUUGAAACUCUGGUAAAAGAAAUGAAGAGAUACGGUCCAGAAAUCGAAGCUAUCGAAAAAGAUAUGCACACGCGCGAACAGCAAAUUGAAGAAAUUAAAUUGAGAAUGAACAACGUAGAAGACGAUGUUUUCUCAGAUUUUUGCGCCGAAAUUGGCGUGAAAAAUAUCCGACAAUACGAAGAUCGCGAAUUGCGUGCUCAAGAAGAACGUAAACAAAAACGUCUCGAGUUCCAAAUGCAAAUCAAUCGCAUUACUAGUAAUCUUGAAUUUGAAAAAAGCCGUGACACUCAAAGUAAUGUCAGUCGCUGGGAGAGAACAGUAAAUGACGAAGAAGAAAAACUGGAGACAGCCAAAAAGCAAGAAGCAAGACAAAGAGACGAAAUUGACAAGGAUUUAAAGACUUUGGACGAGCUCAAGUCACUGAAAAUGUCCAAAAAGAAGGAAGUAGAAGAAAUGGACGAGGAACUAGGUAAAGCUCGAAGAGAUGUUGGAGCUGCAAAUAAAGAUAUGCAAUCAAUUCAAAAAAAUAUUGUAUCAAUUGAGUCAAAAAUUGAAAGUCUCAAGGGUGAUAGACAUGCUAUUCUUUUACAUUGCAAGAUGGAAGAUAUUGCAAUUCCCAUGUUAGUGGGCAAUAUGGAAGAUAUUGCCGCUACGGACCAAACACAAUCGUCUUCAAAUGACACCACAUCACAAAUGUCUGAACAAGAAUCUAGAAUUCAAAUUGAUUAUAGCCAGUUAUCAGACAAUCUCUUAGAUUUAGAAGAAAAGGACGAAGUCAAAAAACGGGAAAGUAAGCUUCUCAAAGCCAUUGCCAGUUUACAAGAAACCCUUCAGAAAAUUCAGGCUCCCAACAUGAGAGCUUUGGAAAAGUUGGAACAGGCGCAAGGCAAACUGCAGUCGACUAACGAAGAGUUUGAAAAUUUUAGAAAGCAAAACAAAAAAGCUAAAGCUUCCUUUGAAAAAGUUAAAAAUUUGAGAUACGAAAAGUUCACUCAAUGUUUGGAUCAUGUAGCUCAUGAAAUUGACGGUAUUUACAAGUCCCUGGCUCAGAAUCAAUCGGCUCAAGCGUUUUUGGGUGCGGAAAAUCCUGAAGAACCUUACUUGGACGGUAUUAACUAUAAUUGUGUGGCUCCCGGAAAAAGAUUCCAGCCUAUGUCGAAUUUGUCUGGUGGAGAAAAAACUGUAGCGGCAUUGGCUUUAUUGUUUGCCAUACACAGCUUUCAACCUGCUCCAUUCUUUGUUCUCGAUGAAGUAGAUGCAGCAUUGGAUAAUACAAAUAUUGGAAAAGUUGCAAAGUUUAUUAGUGAAAAAACUGAAUCUUUGCAAAUUAUUGUAAUUUCUUUGAAAGAAGAGUUUUAUUCUCAUGCUGAUGCACUUAUUGGUAUUUGCCCUGAGCCCGGUGAUUGCCUCAUCAGUCAAGUAUUAACGAUGGACCUGACAGGUUUUGAAGUUUAAAUCAAUUAUUUUUCUUGUUAUUAAGCAUUAUUUUAGUAAUUAUGAGCCAAACUUUUGUGUAAAUUUACUUUUUAUUUUACAUUUUGUACUUUAUAUUGAAAACUAACUUCAAGUUGUGUUUUAUUAGAGGUAGGCAUGAAACUUUUUACAUUACGGUUUUUCAUUAUGGCGUGGCGUGGCGUUUAGUUUAUUUGUUUUGUAUUUCGGUGUCAUUUUGUUACAAACAAUUAUUCUAAUAAAUAGGUACCUUAAGUAUAU